AUGGAACCACCAAGAACGGUCGAGGAGGCGACGACCAUCGAAGUUGAAUUACUUCGCGUGUUAGGACAGAAGAUUGCCGCUUUCUUAGAAAUUAGAAGGCAGAGUUGCCAAGAAGAUGCCGGCUUUAACGAUGCCUAUGGAACGGUAUUUGCAAACGUCCGCAAGGUGGUCGCUAUCCACAAGAUUCGAAAAAACCUGCAAAAGAAGGUUGGAGGCUUUGGAAAUCGAUGACGACGAAAAAGUAGAGGUCAAGAAGGUUGCAAGACCAACCAAAGAGCUAAACGCUUUUGAUGAAGAGGAAAACGUAAGUUUAUUUUACUUUUUUUUACGAUUUUAAUCUUUAUUGUUUUUUUCAAUUUUUAUAUUAGGAGGAAACUACUAUUUUAAUGAAUUUUGAUGUCUUGUUUUCAGAUUCCUACAGACAGAAACGUAAAGCCCCAAAGCCAUUCUGAAAGAAACCGUGUAGCCAACAAUAAGUCUGGAGCCAAGUCUUCGAAACCACCACGAAAGGUAAUUUGAUAACUUUAUCAGUUUGAACCAAGAGUAGUCGGACACUUUAAUUGGAAACUAAAUGAAAAGUGUGCCGCUUGUAAUCUGUUUAUUCUUCUGUUCGAAAAGUAGAUAAACACGUAUAUUAAUGCGAAACCAUACGCAUCUGCCCUUCCUAUUAUAUUGUUUUUGUAUCAAAAUGUCCUUUUUGUGUAUUUUCAUGACGGUACAUUGCCUUUUCUACUUAUUAAGUAUAGGAUCAUACACAAUAUGUAAAAAGUAUCAAUAUUUAUAAUUUUUAGGUAUCGCCAAACAUUGUGAACACAAACAUACGCUCUCAACCAAGUGCCAGUUUGAAUAACGAAGCACCCGUUACAAAUGGACCGUCUGAUAUUGUGCCUGUCGUCUUGAACCAAUCAUUCAAAGGAAAAUACGAAUUGGGGCAACGAGGUCGAAAGUUGGUCAAGAUUAAUGGCUUGGCUUUUUAUAAGCACUCGAACAACGUGUACAAAUGCCGUAACUAUUACAAUAUGGUCCCUCGUUGCCGCGCGAAGGCAAACGUGACAGAGCUCAAUGGACUAACUUUUCUGUUCACAUUACUGGAGAAUCACACCUGCUCCCAAUAG